AUGAUUCGCGAGGAAUUCUGGCCACCCCGCGGUCGUAGACUGGUUCAAAGCGUAGUACGAAAUUGCUUCCGUUGUACUCGUCUUAAUCCAAUACUGGCCCAACAACAAAUCGGUCAGUUACCUGCCCAGCGUGUGAUCCCAAGUCGUCCAUUCAGCAUCACCGGUGUCGACUAUGCUGGCCCACUAUACCUUCGCCCGAUACACAAACGUGCCGCACCUGCAAAGACUUACCUGUGCCUCUUUGUAUGCUUUUCAACCAAAGCAGUGCAUUUGGAAUUAGUCAGUGAUUUGUCCACUCAAGCAUUCUUGUGUGCCCUGCGACGAUUUAUCGCUUUCGAGGGGGCAACAAAUGAGCUGGCUGAACUGUUUGCCAGAUUUCAUAACCGUGCUGAACAGGCUGAAAUAGCUUCUGUGUGUGCCGAGGAAGGGAUCACCUGGCAUUUGACACCACCCAAGGCACCUCACUUUGGCGGCCUGUGGGAGGCAGCAAUCAAAAUAGCCAAAAAACAUUUGUACCGACAGUUCGGUUCAUCUCGCCUUACGUUCGAGGCUAUGUGUACCGUACUAACACAAAUCGAAGCGAUCAUGAAUAGCCGACCAUUGCUUCCACUUUCGGAGGACCCCAACGACCUAGCCGCAUUGACACCAGCGCACUUUCUCGUCGGUUCAUCACUGCAUGCCCUGCCCGACCCAGAUUUAAUGAACGUACCUGCCAACAGACUCAACAGCUGCAACUGCAUGUGCAGCAAUUUUGGUCGCACUGGAAAAAGGAAUAUCUACAAGAGUUGCUGA